AUGAUCUCACAGAAAAUCGUAAUAUAAAAUAGACAUAGCAUUAUACACCCAUAGGUCAGUUUGACAAAAUGCAGACGUUCGCAGUAUUCGUUUUCUUCCUUGCCAUUAACUAUGUUCUCUGUGAACAAGUUAUGUAUGACCAGAAGCAUCAUAAAGCCAUCAUUUAUCGACCCGGAACCGGAUGUUACGAGUAUCAUUUGAACCACCAGGAGACCCUGGAUUCUUAUGACGAUGCUCUCAGACCAGGCCUGGAGAUUAAAAUGAUAGAGAAACUAAACUGUAGCAACGACAUCCACGAAGUCGGCCAUCACAGCAUAGACCACCUCACCACAGAAAUCCGCAACGCAUGCGCCUCAGUACCUGUUUACAGAUUCGAUCAGACCGGGUCUGGGUGUACUACUGGAGGUACAUCUGAUAUGCCAUCAACAUCUGAUAUGCCAUCAACUGCUCCCAGUUCAUCUAUGCCAUAAACCUAUGUUUGAAGUCGCAGUUUUGCCAGGAUAAAUCAAGAAGACUUUAUGGAGUUACUCUUUAUCAUGUUCAUUGUGUUAUAAUAUAAAAAACAGUUGAAUGUCUUAUCUUGUUCGAAUACAUGUAUUAA